UCAGCCAUUAGAAAAAAAAAUAAAGUGACACGUCCACCCACCCUGUCAAAAUCCACGGUUUCACGUAUUCUGCAUGACAAUUUUUCAUGUUUUAACUUAGAAAAAUGCCGUUGAGAUUGGAUAUCAAGAGGAAGCUGACGGCUCGGUCCGAUCGGGUGAAGUGCGUCGACCAGCAUCCUACUGAGCCGUGGCUUCUGUGCUCGUUGUACAGCGGCGACGUCAACAUUUGGAAUUAUGAAACACAUACACAGAUCAAGAGAUUCGAGGUAUGCGACUUGCCAGUCAGAGCUGCAAAGUUUGUGCCACGGAAGAACUGGGUGAUCACAGGCUCGGAUGACAUGCAGAUUAGAGUCUUCAACUACAACACCCUAGAAAGAGUUCACUCCUUUGAAGCACAUUCCGACUAUGUUAGAUCUGUUGUAGUUCACCCCACGCAGCCUUACAUACUCACUAGCAGUGAUGACUUGCUUAUCAAGCUGUGGAACUGGGACCGCAGCUGGGCCUGUCAGCAAGUGUUUGAGGGGCACACUCAUUAUGUGAUGCAGAUCGUCAUCAACCCAAAAGACACAAACACAUUUGCAAGUGCCAGUCUUGACACAACUGUAAAGGUCUGGCAACUGGGUUCAUCAAUAUCUAAUUUCACACUGGAGGGUCAUGAAAAGGGUGUGAAUUGUGUGGAUUAUUAUCAUGGUGGUGAUAAGCCCUACUUGAUAAGUGGUGCUGAUGACCGCUUGGUAAAAAUAUGGGACUACCAGAACAAAACUUGUGUCCAGACUCUUGACAGUCACAUGCAGAAUGUAUCUGCGGUGUCAUUCCACCCAGAGCUACCAAUUCUUUUGACUGGUGCAGAAGAUGGUACAGUGAGGAUCUGGCAUGCUGGUACAUACAGAUUGGAGUCCUCACUCAACUAUGGAUUUGAGAGAGUCUGGACCAUCUCAUCUAUGCAUGGCUCCAACAAUGUGGCUAUUGGGUAUGAUGAGGGUACAAUAAUGAUAAAAGUAGGCAGAGAGGAACCAGCCAUAUCCAUGGAUGUGAAUGGUGGUAAAAUUAUUUGGGCAAAACAUUCUGAAAUGCAGCAGGUCAAUUUGAAAGCACUACCAGAAGGUACUGAAAUCAAAGAUGGUGAAAGAGUUCCAGUUGUGGCGAAAGAUAUGGGCUCCUGUGAGAUCUACCCACAGACGAUAGCUCAUAAUCCUAACGGUCGUUUUGUGGUGGUGUGUGGUGAUGGAGAGUACAUCAUCUACACUGCCAUGGCUCUCAGGAACAAAGCGUUCGGUGCAGCACAAGAGUUUGUCUGGGCUUUCGAUAGUUCGGAAUAUGCUACACUGGAAAACUCGAGUACAGUGAAAGUAUUCAAGAACUUCAAGGAGAGAAAGAGUUUCAAGCCUGAAUAUGGGGCAGAGGGUAUCUUUGGUGGUUACAUGCUGGGUGUUAAGUCUAUCAGUGGUGUAGCCUUUUCCUUCUAUGAUUGGGAACAGUUGGAGCUUAUUAGAAGGAUCGAGAUCCAACCCCGUCAUGUGUUCUGGUCUGAGAGCGGCAACUUGGUAUGUCUGGCGACUGAUGAGGCGUACUACGUGUUGAAAUACAACGCCGCUGUUGUCACUCAGGCGAGGGAGACCAAUACUAACAUUACUGAGGAUGGAGUCGAGGAUGCUUUUGAGGUGGUCGGCGAAGUCAAUGAAACAGUGAAGACUGGUCUGUGGAUCGGCGACUGCUUCAUAUACACGAACUCUCUCAACAGGAUAUGUUACUAUGUGGGCGGAGAGAUCGUCACAAUAUCGCAUCUCGAUCACACCAUGUAUAUCCUGGGAUAUGUCGCUAAAGAGAACAGGCUAUACGUGAAUGACAAGGAGUUGAACAUAGUAUCCUACUCCCUGCUGCUGCCCGUCCUCGAAUACCAGACGGCGGUGAUGAGGGGAGACUUUGAGACAGCAGAUCGUGUGUUACCCACCAUACCGCACGACCAUCGCACCAGAGUCGCACACUUCCUGGAGAAACAGGGCUUCAAACAACAAGCUCUCGCGGUAUCCACGGAGCCCGAGCACCAGUUCGAGUUGGCCCUCUCCCUGGGCGAGCUCAGACGGGCGAGGCAGUUGGCGGAGGAGGCGACCCUGGCCGAGGGGGCCCCGUCGAGGUCCUCGUCAGCUCGGUGGAGCAGACUCGGAGCAGCAGCCGCCGCCGCAGCAGACACGGAGCUGACCAAGAUAUGCUACCACAAUGCUCACGAUUACAGCGCUUUGUUACUGUUCGCGGUUAGCACAGGCGACAAAGCGCUAUUAGAGGACGUAGCUCGGAUGUCAGCGGAAGAAGGAGACGACAAUAUUGCCUUCGCUUCAUACUUCACUCUCAACGAUCUUGAGUCGUGCAUGCAACUGCUCAUCAAGCGCAGCAAAUAUCCAGAAGCCGCUUUCUUUGCCAGGUCAUACAUUCCGUCUAAGAUGAGCGAGGUGGUGAAACUGUGGCGGGAAGCGGUCGGCGCUGUUAACAAGAAGUCAGGACAGUCGCUCGCUGUUCCCGACCAGUAUGAAAACCUCUUCCCUGAGUAUUCGCAAUCAUUAGAAUUAGAACAAUUCCAAAAAGAGUUCGGCUUCGAAUAUCAUUCCCAAUUAGCAAAUUUACCGGCCAACGCCGAAACUAGUAAUAUUGAAAGAGAUCUCUCACAAGAGAAGACAGAAGCAGAGAGUAAGGGAUUGUGGAAACCUGGGCCCUCCAAAGAAAGGGAACCGUCAAUAGAAAGCAAACCGAGCAGAGAGGCGGAGGUGGUGAGCGACAAACCGUAUGAGAUCAACGUGAAGCGCAAAGACUCACUCGACAUGGAGGAGAUUGAGAGGGAAAUAGACGAUAUGAACUUAGACAAUGAUGAUAAUUUGGACUUAUCAGACGAAGCCGACUUGAUUGAUUAAUAUCUAAGUGUAUUUAGAUUUUUUAUUUUAUAUUAUAAUUACGAUUAAAGUGUGUAUUUCCUAAAGUGCUAAUACAGUUAAGGUUAAUAUAGUAUUAUAAAUGUUUUAUUUCAAA